CAGUCGACGCGCGGCAUUCGUGUGAAACGCAUCGCGUGCCUACUCUCUCGCUCCGUUUUUCUACUCGCCUUCCGAGAACGAAGGAGUAAGAUAAUCGUACGUCGAUUUGCUUUUAUCGAUAAGAAAGAAGAAGAAGAAAAAUAGAGAAAGAGAGAGAGAGAGAGAGAGAGAGAGAGAGAGACGGGAGAGAAGAGGAAAACAAAAUUUUUCAUCUUUCAAUUUCGAACGAUCGUAAAACUUCUCUCAUUGGAUCAUCGCGUGAGCGGAUGUGAAUUCGCCGAUGUGACAAGAGAAUACAGUCAUAAUGAUAGACCGGAUAUGACGAAGAGAUUGAGAAAAAGAGAGAGAGAAAGAGAGAGAGAGACGAAAUGAGAGAAGAUCUAUUCAUUCGUGACAAUUGAAUGAACGUGUGUGUGUGCGCGAUAGUGACUCAUAAAUCAUAAAUUAUCGAUUUUAUUGCCAAGAGAUUAUCAAAUAUACAUAUUCAUAUAUAUAUAUAUAUAUAAAUUUGACAUUAAUUUAUACAUUGAUUUAUUUGACAUUAUGUAUUGUAUUUUUUGAAAGCAUCGAAUCGUGUUCGUGUAAAAUUUUAUUUGGAGGAUCGAUCGAUCAAAUUAAAAGGAAUAAAAAGAAGAACAAGGAAGAAGAAAAAGAAGAAGAAGAAGAACUUAAUGAGAAAAACAUGAAAUAACAACGAAGGUAAAGAAUAAAAAAAAGAAAAAAAAAGAAAAGGUUGAAUAAAACCCCGUCGCUUAUAUCAACCCCGUAAAAAAGAAAAUACAGAAGACAGAGACAGAGACAGAGACAGAGAGAGAGAGAGAGAGAGAAAGAGAGAUGGACAAAUACGGAAUGGAGUUUCCCAAACGUGAUUGGAGUCACAGGCUCAGUUUGCGUGGCAGUAGAAGAAGUCAUCAGAGCGAGAUCGUAGGAAGCGGAAGGUCGACAACUGGAUCAUUGAAGAGUACAAGAAGAUGGGCGAGUCUUCGACAACAUACCGUAAACAAUGACGGUGGUAAACCACGAGUCGAAUUACUUCUCGAUCCACCAGGAUCGAAACCUUCGACUCCUUCGUCUCAGCCGCAUACUCCUCAUACACCUAAUACACCAAAGACACCGCACACUCCUGUUAAGAAGUCUAACUGGGAGGUUAUCGAGCACUUUACUGGCCCACCUCGUCCCUCCAUUAUCACGAUGAACAGAGGAUCGGAAGUCGCUGUUGGUAUCAAUGUCGCCGGAAAGGAACCAAUACCGGAGAUUGUCUCUAGUCCGGGAAUAACUCUACCACCUACUGGAUGCGCUUUAUGCAGAUUUCUAAGCUCUCUUUGCGCGUCUCAUCGAUUCAAAAAUCUCCAGGUGGAAAUGCUCUACCAACGUUAUUUCCUUCGCAUGAAUCAGAGUAACAUGACACACGUGCUCGGUCUACUGGCAGGAUUGGCAUUCGCACUGGGCCUGCUACUCUUCGUUAGAUUGAUUUUAACCAACGGCGAGCCCCUACUUAUGCUUCUACGACGAUCCGAAAAUCUUUCCCUAGCAAUCACCCUCGCCAUAUGUAUCAUCGUUUACGCAGCAUUGGUCGCGACCAUUUCGAGGCCCGGUAUGAACGAGAUUUGGUUGGCCGUCGUCAGCGGUGCCGUAUUGGUUACACUGUUGGCCUUACAAGUGACCCUGAACAUUCAUUUGGCCUAUUUGCACGAGAUACAACAGAAAAAUUACGAGGACGACGAGAACAUCGGGGAAACGUCAUCGUCAUCGUCAUCAUCAUCGUCAUCGUCAACGUCGUCGUCAUCGUCGUCGUCGUCGUCGUCGUCGUCGUCGUUGCCAUUGCCGUCGUCGUUGCCAUUGUCGUCGUCGUCGACGUCGUCGUCGUCUAUGCCGUCCUUGUCGUCACCAACAUCGUCAUCAAUGCCAUCUUCAUCGUUCUUGUCAAUGUCAAAAGAACUACGUACCGGUGGACCAUUGGCGGCAGCUUGGGCUGUCUGCUUUUUCAUCUACAUGGCUUAUGCCUUAUUACCGAUUAGGCUUAGGCACGCCUGCAUCGCCGGAAUCUGUUUUUCGAUCGCUCAUCUCGUCGGUGCAUUGUUACUCUACCCACAGGAUUAUCCUGCCAUAAUGGCUCACCUUCUCAGCUCAAUAGUCGUGGUAGGUGGUACUAACGUUGCUGGUGCGCUGACACAUCAUCCGAGAGAACUGGCUCAACGGCAGGCUUUCCUUGAGACCAGACAGUGCGUCGAAGCACGUUUAACUACGCAACGUGAAAAUCAGCAACAGGAAAGAUUAUUGCUGAGCGUACUUCCAAGGCAUGUUGCAAUGGAGAUGAAGGCGGACAUUGCUGGUAAACCAAAAGAUACGAUGUUCCAUAAGAUUUACAUUCAACGACACGAGAACGUUAGCAUUUUAUUCGCAGAUAUUUGCGGUUUCACCUCACUCUCCGACCAAUGCACAGCAGAAGAACUCGUCAGAUUGCUCAACGAGUUAUUCGCACGCUUUGACAGAUUGGCUGCCGAGCAUCACUGCCUCAGAAUAAAACUCCUUGGAGAUUGCUACUAUUGCGUUUCGGGUCUACCAGAACCAAGACCCGAUCAUGCCCACUGUUGUGUAGAGAUGGGAUUGGAUAUGAUUGAUGCGAUCACACUGGUGCGUGAAGUAAUGGCUGUUAAUGUAAAUAUGAGGGUUGGUAUUCAUACCGGACGAGUACUUUGCGGAGUUUUAGGCUUGAGGAAAUGGCAAUUCGAUGUUUGGAGCAACGAUGUUACUUUGGCUAAUUACAUGGAAAGCGGUGGAAUACCUGGUCGAGUGCACAUUACAAAAGAGACCUUGGAUUGCUUGGGAGGAUAUUACGAGGUCGAAGAGGGACGUGGAGGAGAGAGGAACUCUUAUUUGAAGGAGCACAACAUCGAAACUUAUUUAAUCGUUCCUGGUGAUACCUAUAAAGACAAUGUACCUGCAUCUGGUAUAAAAAAAGGAUUCACGAUAAAUGGAAACGUUUCGAAGGAAAUGAGAGUUAUGGGUCAUGGAUCGCAACACAGCAAACAAAUCAAAUUAGGAUUUGGCGAAAGUGUCGAAUGUGAAAAAGAUCCGGAAGACGAAGUAAAUGAAUAUCUGAUGAGAGCUAUUGACGCAAGAAGCAUCGACCGUCUCAGAGCUGAACAUUGUACGCCUUUCAUCUUGACGUUUCGAAGGCCCGAUGUCGAAGAGAAGUAUUCACGAGAAAGAGAUAGGAUGCUUUCCGCCUACUUCGUCUGUUCCGGUUUCGUUUACAUGGUAGUUGUGGUUGCCAUCGCCAUUACUCUUUCCGGGAGUAUAUAUUUCUACGCGUGUACCGGUGUGAGUGUAUUGGUUAUAGCUCUGGUAAAUGGCAUUCUACUUGCUGAGAAAAACGAGACGGUACCUCAAUGGGUGAGGAACACGGCUUUGAUGAUCUUUGAAAAUCGAACGAUCGCCCAGAGCAUUGCCGCCAUCGUCGUCUUUUUAACAUUCAUCACCGUUCUUUCACCUUUGGUAAAAUUAGAAGGAAGCGAAGCAUGUGGAAAUACUUUGACUUCAACCACCGAAUGGCCUGACAAUUCUAAUAAUAGCGUAAUAAUUAAAAAAAUCGAGACCAAAGAUGGACCGUGUUACUACUCUCUAUUCUCCGACCUAUUUCCCGUUCUGGUGAUGUUAGUUAUGGUGACCUGUGCGGUAUAUCAAAUUUUAACUUCGGUCUUCAAAGUCGCCGUAUUGAGCAUCGUCGUGGCCUGUUAUUUAGGUGUUAGCAUUUAUCAAGCUAUGAACGACGAUCGUUUAGACCUCGCCGAAAAAUGGUUGGCCGGUGUUUUGGUGGUCUUUUUUAUGGCGUGUCUGGUUGUACAUUCGCAACAUACCGAAGCGACCUACAGAUUAGACUUCCUAUGGAAACUCCAAGCAACCGAGGAGAAAGAAGAGAUGGAACAUCUAAAGGCCUACAAUCAAAAAUUAUUGGCGAAUAUUCUACCGGAACACGUGGCCGCACAUUUUCUAUCAACCGUUAAUUCCGACGAGCUCUAUCACGAGCAAUGCGACUUCGUUUGCAUAAUGUUCGCCUCCAUCCCAAACUUUUCGGAAUUCUAUGUCGAGUUAGAGGCAAAUAACGAGGGUGUCGAGUGCCUUCGACUUCUCAACGAAAUCAUCGCCGACUUCGACGAGUUACUAGCUGAGGAACAAUUUAAGUACAUCGAGAAAAUUAAGAGUACUGGUGCCACCUAUAUGGCAGCAUCCGGCCUGACGAAAAGCACCUGCGACAUGAGGGACUACAAACAUGUGACCGCGAUGGCGGACUAUGCUUUAAGAAUACGCAAACAGCUGGCUGACGUUAAUGAACAUAGUUUCAACAACUUUAGGAUGCGUGUGGGGAUCAACAUAGGACCGGUUGUUGCCGGGGUGAUAGGCGCAAGAAAGCCGCAAUACGACAUUUGGGGUAACGCCGUAAACGUGGCCUCGAGAAUGGAUUCUACUGGAGUUUUGGAUAGGAUUCAGGUCACCCGCGAGGUUCAUGAUAUUCUAUUGGCCAAAGGUUAUCCACUUACUUGUCGUGGUAGUAUACAGGUUAAAGGAAAGGGUAGUAUGAUAACGUAUUUUUUGAAUGGACCACGUGAUACCACAAAGACGAGGAAUAACAAUGGUACAGAGAUGUUAAAUAGGACCAAUUCUAACAACAACAACAACAAUAACAAUAAUAACAAUAACAACAAUAGCAACAGUAACGACACUGACGUUAACGAAAGAACUUCCUCGCCCAAUAACGGAGCAGUACUUCUUUGAAGAAGAAGAAGAAAAAGAAGAAGAAGAAAAAGAAGAAGAAGUAGAAGAAGAAGAAAUUUAAUUAUUUAAGAAAUGUUAUUAUAACAAUCAAAUAUCAUCAUUUUUUGUCCUUAAUUUGUCAAUGUAUCUUGUAAUGAUAAAACUUUGAUUAUCUGGCCAAGCUCUUCGAUAUUUUCGAUUAGACAAUUAAUACGAUUAUGUGAAAUAGAUGAUGACGAAGAUGAAGAUGAGAAUGAAGAUGAAUAAAUAUAUUAUUAGAUUUUAUUUUUUAUUUCUAACGAUGGAAAUUUAUUUUUUUGGCUAUGGUUCAGAUAAUCAAUGUUUUUCGUCAUAUAUACAUACGUAUGAACGUGCUUUGAAUUUUUCCCUCUCUCUCUCUCUCUCUCUCUCUCUCUCUCUCUCUCUCUCUCUUUCUCUCUCUCUCUUUCUCUAUUUUUCUUUCCUUCUCAACGAUUUUAUGUCUAACGAAAAUUGAAGAGAAAUUUAUGAAUAACGUAAAUUAAAGAAAAAUACCAAAGAGAAACGUUAUCGAUAUGAAACAUGAUCGUUAUCAACGUUUUUGUUGUUUUCUGCUAUUAUUUGAAAAAGAAAAAAAGAAAAAAAAAAAAGAAAAAAAAAAUAAAUAAAUAAGUAAAAAUAAAAGAAAAAAAAAAAAAAAUGAUCUUCGAAUAAUACAUACUUUAAGAAGGUAUUAAUUUCAAUCGAACGAGAUUUCAAUAUAAUUCACGUUUAUUAAUUGCAAUGAGAUAUAUGAAAACCUUGUCGUUUAAUUUUUCAUUGAACAUUCAUUUUACGAUAAUUUCUUGAUAAAUUAAAUAUGAUCGAUCAAUGAUACACGUCGUUCAUUAAAUUACAUCAACGUCUGAUUUUAAAUGACUUAAAUACUUCUGAAAAGAAAAAUAUUUAUUGAAUAUUCCAAUAGAGAUGAAUUUCUCUUUGACGAUGAAUGAAAUUUUUGAAAAGGGAAAAAAAAGUAACUGGAAGAAAAAAAAGAAAAUAAAAGAGAAAGCUCAAAAUACGAACGAUGAUUCGUUUUUUAAUGAAUAAUGAUCACGUAUAUCACGUCUACGACUUUCUAUUAUUUUCGUUCUGUUCAUAUAUUUUUUUUUAACGUAAUAACUUUUUUUACACUAAUAAUAAAUAUUUUCCAUAUUAUAUUCAUCAAUUUACAAUUUACAUAUCUUCGAUAACUAUACACAUUUUUAGACGACCAAGGUAUUAUAGGGGUUUUUUUUUCCUUUUUUUUUUUUUUAUUCGUUUCAAGAUUAACGAAAACGUUGACGUGAAUUUCAUUCGAUUUUAGUAGUUUAUAUUACAUACGAUAUAUAUUAUAUACGUAAGAAUGAAAGAAAAGAAAAAAAGAAAAGAAAAAAAUAAGAUAGAGAAAAUAUGCGUAGCGUUUAAUUAAAAAGAAGGAAAAAUAGAUAAAGAAAAAAAAAAAAAAAAAGAAAGAAAAGAAAAAAAUGUCUUGGCGAAAUAAAUAAACAAACGCGUUAAAAUGUCUAAACAAAAUCGCGUUCGAUAAGAAAGAUUCGUAUUAGUUUUUAAUUUUUAAAUACAUAUAAUAUUAUAUAUGUAUUAAAUACAUAUUAACGAUAUAGCGUAAUUAUAAAUUUUCUUUUUCCUUUUUUCUUUUCUUUCUUCUUUUUUUUUUUUUUCCUUUCUUUUCAUUUUUCGUUUCUUUUUUCCAUUAAUUAAAAUAUAAGAUGCUCGCUGUAAUGAGCGGAAUAAUAUUCACGGCCGAUAAUGUUCCUUUGAAUUAACAACAUCUGUCACGUUUAUCGAUUGCUAAUAGAAAAUAAUAUCGAUUAUUUAAUUCGUGCCAUAAUCUUCUUCUUAUUAGUCGUAAAUCAAGAACUUCCUUAUCUUAACGUACGAUUUCUUAAUUUUGUUCGUUACGAAACAACAAAUCAUACGUAUGAUAUAUAAAUUUCUUUUACAUAUCGUAACAACUGAUUUGAUAUAUAUAUAUAUAUAAAAGUUGGCCAAAAGUUCCUAGAUGAUGUAUAUAAAAAAUUCAAUUAGUAUUUUACGAAACUUUUUUUAAAUUGAUUUACUUUUUUUUUUUUUCUUUUUUUUUUUUGGAAAUUAUAAAAUUACAAACCGAAUAACUUUUGGUCCACUUAAUAACUUUUUGUCUCCCCAUCUUAUACGUAUACACACACACACACAUACACAUAUACACACACAUAUGACUAUACAAAAAUUCUAUCUAGUUCAAAAUAGCGAAUUUUGAUAAAGCUAAUAAUAAUACUUCUAUUUAGGAAAUUUCUAUCCACUAUCUCUAUUUAAAAUUAUUAUACAAGUCGAAAUUGAUAUGUAAAUAGAUGAUUAUGUAUACUUUGACAAAAUUGUUCGCAAUUGAUGUUAAAUAGAUAUCACAUAUAUACAUAUUUACAUAAAUACAUGCAUAAAUACAUACAUAUAUACAUAAAUACAUACAUACAUACAUACAUACAUGCAUACAUACAUACAUACAUACAUACAUGGUCUUAAAUAUAUAGAAGCACGUAUAUUUCGCAUGCAUAAUUCGUCAGAUAUUUUAAGGAGAAUAACAAAGGGAUAAAGGGAAUGAAAAGGAGAAGAAGAGGAAGAAGAAGAAAAAAAUUAAAAAAAGAAAAAUAAAAUAAAAUAAAAUAAAGAUAAAAUAAAAGAAUUAAAUGAUCAAAUUUCUCUAUCGGUUUUGUUCAAUUAAUAAUUAAAUAUAAAAUAAUCAAUUUUAAUGAAAGAUUAAUUAUCGGAAUCAUUAAAUCUUAUUAAUUGUUAAGAAAAUAUAAAGACUUUUAACAUUUCUUCCGUGUCGAUAUUGACGAUUAAUAUAUACGUACAUACAUACAUACAUAAAUGUAAUCGUGUUGUUGAAAUCGUCUUUAACUAUUUCGACGAAUAAAAAUUAAAAUAAUAUGCAUGUUAAUGUUUGUCAAAAGGUCUAAUCAUAAUUUAAUUAUAAAUGAUGUGAUGAAAAUUUAGAUAAACUUUUAUUGUGUGUAUUUUAUGAUAAAUCAUAUCAUUGUUUUCUUUUAGAGAUAUUAUUACAUAUUAGAAAUUCGUCGUUUAUUCUAUCAGAUUAAAAUUUGACCGAUAACAGACGUAGCAAGUUUAAAUACAACGAAAUCAAUCAGAAUAUAAUGAAGGAAUUUUGAUUAUAUAAUUAGAUGUCUCUUAAUAAUUAAUAGUAAUGAGUUUAGACAGAAGGGGACCAUGGAAAGUUAGCGAUUAUGAUUUCAAAAGAAAAGAAAAGAAAAGAAAAGAGAAAAAAAAAGAAAAAAAAAAAAAAAGAAAUUAACUCGUGACAUACUUAUGUACGUAAUCCAUUUACGUUGCGAUAAAGAGAUCCGUUUCGUUUUUUCGUCUCUCUCUCUCUAUCUCUUUCUCUUUCGCCUUCGAUAUUUAGUAAUGACGUGAAUCUGGCCGAUAAAAAGCAAAAAAAGAAAGAAUGAUUGACAACAACAACAACAACAACAACAACAAGAUUAAAAAAUAUAUUUACACGGCCUUAAUAAGAAUCUUCGAUGUAAUAGUAAAAUAAUAACAACAAAUCAUUUAGAAAAUCAUUCCGAGCGCUUCCUUUUUUCCGAGUCACGCGUUUCUGCAAAAGAAAAAGAAAAGAAAAAAAAAAAAAAAAAAAAAGAAAAAGAAAAAGGAAAGAAAGAAAGAGAAAAAAAUAAAUAAAAUGAAACGAUUACUUCUCACUUUUUUUUUCUCUAUCUCUCUUUGCUCCUUCUUUUAUUUUUCUAGAUAAAUUUUAAUUUGGUAAAGUGUACCUAAUGCUUGUGUAUUAAAAAACGAAAAAUACAAAAAGAAAAAAAUUAUUAAUAUAUGUAA